UGUCCGUUUCUUCAAUUGACGAUCAUGUCGGUAGCGUGGGCCCCAUCUCAGGCGUGAGGCCGAGCAGAUGAGCAGAGGAACACAUUCCGUCGCUCUUUCCAUUCUGUUCUUUCUAGAAUCUAUAUAUAUAUAUAUAUAUAUAUAUAUAUAUAUAUUAAAAAAAAAAACCCCAAAAAACAAGAAGAGGAGGAGGAGGAAGAAGAAGAAGAAGAAGAAGACAGCGAUGACAACAUAUAGGGUAUGUUUGUGCUUCAGGAGGAAAUUCAAGCUGGGAUCGGCGGAACCUCCAGCGGAGAUAAAAGAGGCGUUCGAAACAUACGCGGAGAAUGGAGUGAUGGGUGUGGAGAAGCUGCAGACGUUCCUUAUGGAGUAUCAAGGACAGAAAAACGCCACUAGGGAAGACGCUCAGGCCAUCCUCGAUAGCCUUCGCGAAUUCAAGCAUCUCAACAUUUUCCAAAAGAAGGGUCUCACCCUCGAAGCUUUCUUCCGCUACCUCUUUGGAGAACACAAUUCCCCUCUCUUCCCUUCCGUUUCCGUCCACCAGGAUAUGAAUGCUCCACUAUCCCAUUAUUUCAUAUAUACAGGCCAUAAUUCCUAUUUAACUGGGAACCAACUAAGCAGUGACUGCAGCGAUGUUCCCAUCAUAAAGGCACUGAAGAGAGGCGUACGAGUAAUUGAACUGGAUAUGUGGCCAAAUUCUACUAAAGAUGAUGUUAAUAUUCUUCAUGGAAGGACGCUGACUACUCCAGUGGAACUUAUUAAAUGUUUGAGGUCAAUUAAAGAGCAUGCCUUUUCUGCUUCUCCAUAUCCUGUUGUAAUAACUCUAGAAGACCACCUCACUCCAGAUCUUCAGGCUAAAGUAGCUGAGAUGGUUACUCAAACAUUUGGAGAUAUGCUAUUUAAACCAUCGUCAGAAUCCUUACAAGAAUUCCCUUCACCUGAAUCAUUGAAGAAGAGGAUAAUUAUUUCAACCAAACCACCAAAAGAGUACCUCGAAUCUAAAAGUUUUAAGAAGGAAGAUGCACCACCAAGGGUAAGGAAUCCAGCUGAGGAAGAAGCAUGGGGUAAGGAGGUCCCAGACCAUGAAGCCGAAGUUGAAGUUGAUGAUAAGAAUGAGCAACAUCAUGGCGAAGAAGAUCUUGAUGAUGAUGAGCAUAAACAAAAUCAAACCCAAGCGCCUGAAUACAAGCAUCUAAUUGCUAUUAGUGCUGGGAAACCAAAAGGUGGACUGAAGGAGGCACUAAAGUUGGAGCCUAAUAAAGUUAAACGUGUUAGCUUGAGUGAACAGGAGCUUGAAAAGAUUGCACUGACUAAUGGAACUGAUAUUGUUAGGUUCACCCAAAAGAAUCUUCUGCGAGUAUAUCCAAAAGGUAUACGUUUUGACUCUUCAAAUUACAACCCACUAAUUGGAUGGAUGCAUGGUGCUCAGAUGGUUGCCUUUAAUAUGCAGGGGUACGGCAGGUUACUCUGGUUGAUGCAUGGAAUGUUCAGAGGUAAUGGAGGAUGUGGUUAUAUAAAAAAACCCGAUUUUCUGAUGAAUACUGGUCCAAAUAAUGAGGUCUUUGAUCCUAAAGAGAAGCGAAGUGUGAAGAAAACCUUAAAGGUGAAAGUGUAUAUGGGUGAUGGGUGGCGUCUUGAUUUCCAUCACACCCACUUUGAUUCAUUCUCCCCACCAGACUUCUAUGUUAGGGUAGGGAUAGCUGGAGUGCCAGAUGAUUCCAUAAUGAAGAAAACAAGGGCAAUUGAGGACAACUGGAUGCCGAAUUGGAACGAAGAGUUUGAAUUCCCAUUGACCGUUCCAGAGCUUGCUUUGCUUCGGAUUGAAGUGCAUGAAUAUGACAUGUCUGAGAAGGAUGACUUCGCUGGCCAGACAUGUUUGCCUGUAUCAGAGUUGAUGUUGGGGAUUCGGGCUGUGCCACUCUGCGAUCGAAAAGGAGAGAAGCUCAAGUCUGUGAGGCUUCUUAUGCGGUUUGAAUUCAUUUGACAAGAUUGCUGUGUGGCAAUGGUUGUCAUCUCCCUUCAUAAUUAAUGCAGGGAUAUGCGUGCUGUGUAUUAUAGUGUCCAUUUCUAAUAAUGGCUUUCGAGCUCAUGUUGUAUGCCUCAAUGUAACUGUUGCCGUAAUCUACAUGAUGAUGAUUGGAGUUUUAAGUUGAAUUUGUAUUUACCAACCUUGGAAUUAACUGGUAUGAAAUUAAGAAUUGCAGAGUUUGUAAAUGUUUA